UUUAUAACAAUUUAGAUAUAAGGGAUGUGUAUUGUAUAUGUAGGGUUUUUAUUACAUUGGGAAUUUUAAUCUUAAUAAAGGGUUAUAAUGCAAUAAGGUAUUUAGUUCAAUGAUAGUUUAAACUUUAGUGAAUUGAGGGUUUACACAUUACAAUUUUGGAGUGAAAUUGUAAAGAUUAUCUAUCUAGAAACAAAGAUUUAUGGGGUGCAUAUGCUCGAAAGGAAUUUCGACAAAUGAGUAUGCAGAGAAAGAAUCAAAGCGAUCGUCGAAACGGUUUCUUGGUUCUUCUAGGAGAGAUGAGGUUGCAGUUGAGGUUGAUAAUGGCGCCAAUGAUGCUACCGCUAGGCUUAUUGAUAGUAACAUAGAAAAUGCAGCAAGUUCGGGACAAACAUUGUGGGAUGAGGGAGAGAGGAAGAAUGUUGUGGUUUAUGAGCAACAGGUGGUGCAACCUUUUGUGCAAGUGGUUCAAAAACCGGUGAAGAUCGAGACUGAGGGGAAUGGUGGGGUCCACCAGAAUGAAAUUUGUAGAGUGUUUAAUACUGUUAAUGGAGUUGAUGGUACACAAGAGGCUGCGGGUUGGCCGGCUUGGUUGACUGCUGUGGCAGGGGAAGCUAUUAAAGGUUGGUUGCCACGAAGGGCUGACUCCUUUGAGAAAUUGGACAAGAUAGGACAGGGGACUUACAGCAGUGUGUAUAGAGCUCGUGACCUUGAGACCGGAAAUAUUGUCGCCUUAAAGAAAGUAAGGUUUGCUAAAAUGGAUCCUGAAAGUGUUCGUUUUAUGGCAAGGGAAGUCAUUGUUCUACGUAGGUUAGACCAUCCGAAUGUGAUGAAACUUGAAGGUCUACUAACGUCCAGGGUUUCAGGCAACUUAUAUCUUGUAUUUGAGUACAUGGAACAUGAUCUUGCCGGCCUUGCAGCAUCUCCUAUAAUUAAAUUUACUGAACCACAGAUCAAAUGUUAUAUGCAGCAGUUACUUUGCGGGUUAGAACAUUGCCACAAACGUGGAGUUCUGCAUCGUGAUAUCAAGGGCUCAAAUCUCUUGAUUGACAACAAUGGGAAUUUAAAAAUUGGAGAUUUCGGGUUAGCCACCAUUUUUAGCAGCAACCAGAGGCAACCUCUGACAAGCCGAGUUGUUACUUUAUGGUAUCGGCCUCCUGAGCUUUUAUUAGGUGCUACUGAUUAUGGAGUAGCCGUUGACUUGUGGAGUGCUGGUUGUAUCCUCGCCGAACUUUUUGCUGGAAAGCCUAUAAUGCCUGGAAGAACGGAGGUGGAACAACUUCAUAAAAUAUUUAAACUUUGUGGUUCACCAUCUGAGGAGUAUUGGAGAAAAUCGAGGUUGCCUCAUGCUACAAUAUUUAAACCACAGCAGCCUUACAAACGUUGUGUGGCUGAGACAUAUAGGGAUUUUCCUCCACCGGCUUUAGCACUUUUGGAUUCUCUCCUAGCAGUUGAACCUGACAAACGGGGAUCUUCUUCUUCUGCAUUGCAUAGUGAGUUCUUUACAACAAAGCCUCUUCCUUGUCAUCCUUCAAGUUUACCCAAAUACCCACCAAGUAAGGAGUAUGAUGCCAAAAUGCGGGAUGAUGAACUAAGAAGGAAUAAAGCAGGUGGUGGGAAAGCACGUGGAGCAGAACCGUUGAGAAGGGAUACAAGAGAAUCUAAAGCUCAGCCAGAACCUGAUGCUAAUGCAGAAUUGCGGGCCUCCAUACAGAAACGGCUGGAGAAACAAAACCCUAAAAGUAGUAGUGAGAAAUUUAAUCAUGAAGAAGAUGGUGGUUCUGGGUUCCCUAUUGAACCUUCGAGAGGAUCACUACAAUUUAAUAGCUACAAUGGUCGUUUUAAACAGUCUGGGGUUCAAGAAAAAUCUGAUGAAGCUCAAGGCAGGCAAGAUUUGUCCCAACAUCAUAAACAUCAAUUAUCCAAGUUUUCAAGCUCAUUAGCUUGGCAUGGUAGUUCACGGUUGGACAAUGGAAAAGGCACUAGUGCGCAUUGGCCUGAAGAUCGUCCAAAUGGAAAGUACCACCAACUAAAUGAUGCGGAAUCAUCUCAUCACAUGUUUGACGGGCCAAAUUGUACUUACAAGAAGCAUGAGCAUGCACCUGCAAAGGGUUAUGUGCCAAAGAAUACCCGGAUCCACUACUCUGGACCAUUAGUUCCGCCUGGUGGAAAUAUGGAUGAAAUGCUUAAAGAACACGAAAGACAAAUCCAACAUGCUGUCCGUAAAGCUCGUCUUGACAAAACCAAGAUUAAAAAGGGCUAUGUUGAUAAUGGUCAAAGGGAAUCAUUACUGCAGCACGGGAAUAAUUUUAGAUAAAACACCUCAUUAUGUGAAUCCAGAGUUCCUAAUAUCUAAAAGGAUGCAGCUAACCAUUGAGAAAUUCAUGUGUGCUUCCAAUUUGCACAAAAGUUUUAUUUUUGUAAGGGAAAAGGGGGAUCUUCCUCUUCUGUAUAGAGUUCUUGCCAGGUUUUUCAUAACUAAUGGAAAAGGUCAAAAAGAUCUUAAAGAAAAACUUUGGUGGUCAGUUGGUAUUGCUGAUACAUCAACACAAACAGUUCAUGUAAUUUCUUUUAAUUUAGCUCAAUGAGAAACUGUACAGCCAAAUUUUAUUUUGCUUA